GCAACGAGGUUUAGCAGGGCUUAGACAACAACCACCUCACCCAAACCUGCUUUCUGCUUUCUGCGAAACCUGCUUUGGCGGGGCACCCAGUUUUUUGCCCCUGAGGGGCCCUUUCUUGACACCUAGCAAAGAUGGCAUUGUCUAGGACAUCCAAGCUGCUUCAAUACAUCAACUUCCGCAUGCGGGUAACGCUUGUGGACAGCCGGCAGAUUGUUGGCAGGUUCAUGGCGUUUGACCGGCAUAUGAACCUGGUUCUUGGAGAUUCGGAGGAGUUCCGCCGCCUGCCGCCCAAGAAGGGCAAGUCGGAAGAGGAGCGGGAGGAGCGCCGCGUGCUGGGCCUGGUGCUGCUGCGCGGAGAGGAGAUUGUGUCGCUGACCAUCGAAGGGCCUCCGCCGAAUGAGGACAUGCGCACGGAGCGGAAUCAGGGACCCGGAGGCCCAGGCAUUGGGAGAGCAGUGGGCCGCGGUAUGCCCGCGGCUGCGCCUGGUCAGGCGCCGGCGGGCCUGGCUGGUCCCGCGCGCGGAGUGGGCGGCCCGGCUCCAGGCAUGAUGAUGCCCCGCCCGCAGAUGACUGCGCCGCCGAUGCCCCGCCCCGGCAUGCCGCCCCCAGGGAUGCCCCCGCCGGGUAUGCCCCCGGGUAUGCCCCCGGGCAUGCCCCCGCCAGGCAUGCCGCCGCCGCGCCCCGGCAUGAUGCCUCCUCCGGGCAUGAUGCCCCCGCCGGGCAUGCCGCCGCCGCGGCCGGGCAUGCCGCCCCCGGGAAUGCCUCCGGGGAUGCCGCCCCCGGGCAUGCCGCCCCCGGGUAUGCCCCCUGGCAUGCCUCCUCCGGGCAUGCCGCCGCCACGCCCGGGCAUGAUGCCCCCGCCUGGCAUGCCGCCUCCGGGAAUGCCUCCGCCAGGCAUGCCCCCGGGCAUGCGGCCGCCGGGGCAGUAAGCUGCGGAGGGCAGCAUGAUGGGCGUCAGGAGCAGUGGCAGCAGCUUGACACGGUGUGCUGUGUCGGCUGAGGCAGCCGGAGCUGCUGCCUGACUUUGUGUUCGGGGGUUGUGGGUGAGAUUGUUUUCUCGUGGAUGAAUGCGGACGUGUACGACUGGCGUGCGACCGGGAGCGGCAUGGUUUGUGCGCUGCUCCCGUCUGCAGAGCUGCACGUGAGCUUGGUGCGCGUCAUGCUUGCACGUGCAGAUACCUGUUGGGAAGGGCGGUUGACGGACGCACGGACGGCCGGGCACUAGCCCGGGUGGCGGAGGCCCGGGUGGCGGAGUUUGCGGGUUUGCUCCUUGCGACUGGCGCGGGGCGAUUCACAGCUCUGCAACGCGUGUGAUUGGAACGUGUCUACGGAUUUCGUGUGUGGAUUCGGACGCGUCACGUGUAGGAAUGAAACCUGGAUCAAGUGCUGGUGGAAGGCGCUCCGACCAUCAUCGUGGGUGUCGGGGACCUGUGGCUGAAGUGACGAAGGUCGCGGUCAGUGGAGCUCGAUGGCAAAGGAACAUAUGUAAGGAAAAUCCAAG